AUGUCCGCGUCAUAUAUGGCAGACACGGACAUGUUGGGAUAUUGUCCAAUGUCCGCAUCCGCCAUGUGUCCGGAACAUGUGAUUGUCAUCGGACAAUGUCCAUGUGAUAUUCAACGGACACAGACAUAUUGGGGGACAUUGUCCAACUUCCAUCUAAUUCGUCGUAUGACACCGUAUCCACAUCCUCAAAAUCUUCGGCCCACAAAAUUAACAGUAUCUUGUGGAUGGGCCUUCCAUUGGGUUAACAAGCCUGAGGCAAAAGAACUAUUUGACUUUUUAAAUCCUUAUCUUAAACUUCCAGACUGUCAGGCUCUUAGUGGACAAAUUUUGGAGAUAGCUGUUUCUGAAGGAGACAAAGCAAUGCAUGAAGCACUUCGUGAAGAUCCAAUCAGUAUUACUCUAACAUUUGAUGGAUGGACAAAUGUAAAAAAUAAGCAAUUAUUAGGAGUAAUGAUUAUUACUUCAGAAGGAAAAUCAUAUGUAUGGAAAGCGACAGACAUUAGUAUAGAAAGAGAAUCUCACCUUGAAGUCUCGGCGGUUGUGACAGAUAGUGCUAGUCCAUAUGCAGCAUCCAG